AUCACUGCAAAAUAUUUGAUGAUUAAUAAUCAGAAUGUCAUCCAACUCUUUAGUAAAGAAUUCAGUUUUAAUUGGAGGAUUGACAUUUUUGGGUUAUUUAGCUGGAGGAAAACUUGGUUCAAUGCUUGGUGCUGCCAUUGGAACAGUAGUUUGUACCAUCUUUAAUCAGGAUACUGUAUUUAAUGAUCAUCAACUUUAUUCUAAUUAUCCUGAUUAUACUAUUGAUACAACUUCGAAAACUAAUGUGUCAGAAAGACAAAAACAUUUGGAAUCUAAAAGAAGAAAUGGAUCAAUUAAAAUUUCUAUAUGCUCGAUAUGCCUAGAAGAGUUUAUUCCUUCUAUUGUUUUGAUUCCAUUAUUAACAAAUCAACCAAAUUUUAGCCAACAACCAGGCUGUCGCGGCAAUAUUGAUUACUGACUGUCAUGAUUAUUAGUUGGAAAUAACUAUUGUAUAAAAAUAACAAAAGAAAUUAAAUUUAAUAUGUAUAAUAUGAAUAUAAGCAUAAUAAUAAUUGUAUUCAAUUAAGCUAAACAACGUUCUACCUAAUCAGAAAAAUAAAUUGUACUUAGAACUAUAA